AUGAUCAGUCAAUUAUUAUCAGAACAGAAUUUUCUCACGUCCAUCACUCAUCACAAGCAUUCAUCUUUGGUUACUCAUUUAUCGUCACCCCAUAAACCUUAGAUUUAGGCAAGUCGAUAAAAUAGACAUAUAGAUUGUUAGGGGGAAGUUUAUGAUAAAAGAGAUCUAAUUAAUGCAAGUAACGAUAAUCAAUUGUUGAAACCUGAGACUGUGAGAAAGAAUAAUAGACUUAAGUCAAAACCAGCAGUUUCAAGAUUUAUGAAAAAAUUAAUUAUAUCUAACUUCAAAGAUAAUAAGGAAAUAUUCUAUUCAGUUACUCCUAUGCAGCCAAUUUAUGAUCAAUUUAAGUAGAGAUAUGAAUAAAGGGAAAGAGAUAGAGUAUUUUAAAAUCGACAUUUCGAUAAAGUUUAUAAACAUCACUUAAGCAGAGCCAUAUAGUACAUAUUGUAACAAGUGUUAAAUUUUCUAUCAUUCGAUGAUGUAUUUAAGGUUAAUUUGGAUAAGACUGAUUAUGAUAGAUAUUUAAAGAGGUAGCCAAAAUUACUAAGAAAUUCUGUAAGUUCGAUGGAUUUAAUAAAUCUACAAUAAUCAUAAUUGGACAAUGAAUUGACUACCAAUAGGAAGGUGUAAUUGAUUGCUAAUGUGUUUUCGGAUCCUCAUUUUAAUGCUAAGGAAAGAUAAGUGCUUUAUUAGGUACUGAGAUUUUAGAUUGCACAAGCCUAGAAAUCUAUUGUAAAAUUGGAGAAAGCGAGUAUUGGAAUUAAGGCUUUGAAUCGAUUUUAGACCAAGAAAGAAGGUCACUUAGAAUAAUUGGCCUUCAUUCUUGAUUAUAUGCAAAACAAUUAUGAUAAACUUGUGAAAUUAAUAUGA